AUGGCCGCCCAAGAUGAGCUCUCAGAAGGCGGCAUGGCUGACCUCGUUCGGGCACUGGAGCUCAUCCAUAGCCCUUCGUCGACAAAUGAGCUCCGCAGGCAAGCCCUGACCUUUGUGGAGUCCCAAAAGGAAAGCAAGCUAGCUGCUCGUAAUGGGUUCCUUCUGGCUUCACAGGUAGAAAACACUCCCUUGGUCCGCUAUUUUGGCUUAACGCUCUUGGAUCAUGUUCUGCGUCACACGUCUUUCACCUCCGCAGAUCAGGUGGCUAUCCUUAGAGACUUUGUUCUCAAGCUUGCUGAGUCAAUCCGGCCAGAGGACCCGGCCUAUUACCGCAACAAGCUCCCGCAGUUAUGGGCAGAGAUUGCUAAGAGAAGCUGGGGCCUGGACUGGUUGGCAAUGGACGAGAUUCUUGUGCAGUUUUGGGGAGCCAGUCUUGUACACAAAGAACUUGUUCUGUCUAUUCUGGAAACAUUGUCAGAAGACAUCUUCUACCGCGAAGACACUGUCUCAUCCUUGCGAGGAACAGAUCUUAACAGAGCCCUAGUGGAGAUAUGCACACCGCUGUCAGUUUUUGAGGAAAUCUAUCCAAAGCGCGAGCACCAUGUUGAGCUUCGGUGUGGGACCGAGGGCUGGCUCGCAAGGACAUGCGAGUUCCUUAUCUACUGUGUUGAGAACCUGCGAGCUUCCACGCAGGCCAGAGACGCAGCGCUCAAAGCUCUUGCAACAUUGAAGUCCAUCUUGGUCUGGGCAAUUCCCAAGGCCAUCAUAUCCGCAAAUUGUGUCUCGAGUAUCGCAAGGUCUCUUACCUGCAGCGAUGAGCAGGUGUUGUUGGCUGCCGUCGAAGCACUGCAUGCUCUUUAUAGCAGGUCGAAUUUCGAAAUCGAAGACUUCCAGCCUCUUGUGCACUUGAUGUACGAAACAGAGUACUUGACUCUUUUACAGAAAUUGUACGAGUGGUCCGUCGUUGAACCCGACGACAUCGAUGAUACUAGGUACACGAUUUCGAAGAAACUAUCCGAGAUGCUCUCGUACCUUGCGGGGUUCCUUGAGGAGAAGGGCUUCUCUUUUGAGACCGCACAUGGCAUGAACCUCACUUUCUUUUUCCACCUCCUGAUCAGCGUCAUUCAGAACCAAAGCUUGACCGUGUCGAUACCUGUCCUUCACGUAUGGUGCAAACUACUUGCCUCCGAGAGGAUCGGGAACACCGAUCUGGUAACUGGGUUGAUUCCCCCUUUGCUUAGCAUAUGUACUGAACGACUGAUCCGCUGGGAAUCACUACCGGCGGACUCUGAUAAUCCUACAGUAGUCUUUCUGAAUGAAGACAUUGAUACAGUCCCAGAACGGCAUGCUUUUGUUGGAAACUACAGAAGAUAUUGCUCGUCGAUCAUCGAGACUAUUGUUCAGAAAAGACCACAAGAUGCUAUUCCUCAUAUUCUCGCGGGCGUUGAUGCAAACUUGGACAAUCUCUACAAUGGGGUUGAGCCAUUUGACGUGAAAACGUUCUCCAAGAACUCUCUUCCGUUGAUGCGCGCCGACACUCAAUUCGCUGUUGUGGAAGCUACACUCAAGGGUUAUAACAAAUGGGUUUCAGCUCAUGGCAAAAUGCCUCAACAGGACGAGCAGAAACGAAUAGACUUGGAAAGCGCGCUUGAGACAUGGGCUUUGAGUCUGAUGCAGAGGAACUACGAGGACCCUAUUUUGAAACAGCGUAUCAUCAAGCUUAUCGUUGACAUCUCAUCGAGGGCUCUUGACAAGAAUCCCAGCUUUUCACUUAAAGUCCUUGAGCAUAUUCUCAUGACUCGUCUUCCUGACUUGGUUGAAUACCCGGCUUACUCGGAAGCUGUGAAGGAACUACAUGGUCUGGCCAGCCAUGAACUCCGACGUCUGGCUAUGCGCUAUGCUGACUAUUUCUCUACAUUCUACGAUCUGCUGGAGCCGAAAAUCAAGGAAAUCACCAUGGCCAACCGGGUGGACGACAAACUCCACAUGGAGCAUACCUCAAUCCUCCUGAUUAUCAUGCAACGUGCCAACAACGUCGAUCCAUAUCUGCGUGAAACCCGGCUGAAGUCCUUUCUGGAACCUAUCAGGCAGGCCUGGCAAGAAGAAGAAUUUCGGAGCACAAGCUCCUCGUUUGAGGGCUUCUGUGACAUGCUUGGGCUGCAAAAUGUUGGGCCCUAUAUGCGAAAGAACCAAGCGCAGAAGCUGGAAGACUGGUCCGCAGUCCCGCUGGAUAAUGAGGGGAAGCAGAUUCAGGAAACUAUGACGAGAAAGUUUCAGCAACUGCCUCUGAGGGGAACCAAGACCAUGCUCGCAGUCUCUACGGAGAAAUUGAAGAAGACCGAUCUUGCUUAUGAUUUUGCGUGCAAUAUCUGGCACGACAUCAUUCCCAUCAUCUUGCCGGUAUUUAAUGCUCAUGCCUUCCACAAUCCGGCGAACUGGGGUGGCCUGCCUGAUGAUAUGCGAGGGGUCGUCGAACGUAUUCUGACCGACCGGUUCUGGCAGGCAGGCAUAUCUACUGGCAGCCGCGACGAGUUCUAUGCGAAGAUCACUGCAUCGCGGUCUUCGCUCGAAGGGUUCGCUUCCUCCGUUCGAGGUAAGGUUCGGGCUGUCCGGGAAUCCUGCUACUCAAUGCUGUUCAGCAUGAGCAGACUGAGAGAGCAUUUCUAUGGGUUUGCAGAACUUCCAGGACCUCUCUCGCAAGCUCUCUUUAAGGACUCACCCCAUUUAUCCUCACACCAAUUCUCUGUUCUCCUCAAUAUUUCCAGGUGCUUGAUCGACGAUUGCCCUGUCCGUUUCCGAGCACAGUUCCUUCCUCCUAUGUUGGCAACGCUCUUUACCAACAUUGACAGGAAAGUCACAGCGGAAUGGGACCUUAUCGAGCAACGCAAAGAGGGACUUGCGGACGGGGAUUUGACUGACGAAAUGAAGUCAGAAAGUAUCCUUCGCCAGCUGACUUAUUCUGCGGUGCUCAUGGUAGCAAGUCUUUUGGAUCCGCAGAGAGGCGAUCCGGACGAGGAGCCAGCUGAGCCUAGCGCGCCGCAGCCACCUCCAGCACUUUCCGACUCGAUUCGGCACUUUGUUCUUUCUUCGCCGGAAAUAUUCGAACCUGUCAUGCUCUUCUGUACACAUGCGCUUCGCAUGCGGGAUACGAGAUGCUGUAGCAUCAUCACUCGUGUUAUUCGAUCGAUCUUGCAGGACUUCGCGCCUCCAAAUCACAGCCCAACUAUAGUCACGAUCCGCGAGUUCAUUUCCUCGGAGGUUCUCAAGGCCUGCAUUACAUCCGUGCAUGAGCCUUACUUUGUUGACAUGCAGAAAGACUUAGCCCAGCUGAUCGCCUCAAUUUGGGUUCUCUAUGGCUCGAGUAGCCCAACACCACGCUCGGUGAUCCUCAGCCUUCCUGGAAUGGAUGAACAACGGGUGGCAAGUACGGAAGCCGCGCUUCUACGAUCAACGGCAGCGCGGCAGCAACGUGCGCUCGUGCUAGACCUUCUUGAAGGCCUCAGGGGCGUGAGUAUUGCCGAGCAAGGCAAGAUCUUGGGCUCCCGGGAAGAACGCCGCAAGGCACGGAGUGCCUUGCAAGAGAGAUAUAUGAGCAACGAGAUGGAAGGCCAACAAAUCAGCAAAGUCGACAUCAAUGACGGACCUGAUUUGGGUGGUGUUGCCGACAUGUUUGGUUAG